AUGGCGCGCAGAGCCGCCUGCGCGUGCCUCGUCGCCCAGGCGCUCGCGCUCGCGCCGAGCCGACGCGUCGCCACCUUCGCGCUCGGAUGAUUCUGGACGCCGCAGCAGAAGUUCGACCUGCGCGACGGCGUCAUCUGGAGCACCGUGGGCUACACGUCGGGCACGACGCCCGCACCGAACUACGACGACCUCGGCGACCACACGGAGGCGCUGCGGCUCGAAUUCGACGAGGACGUCGUGAGCUACGAGGCGCUCGUAGAGCAGUUCUGGGACCUCCACGCGCCGAACAAGGGGAGCCGCCAGUACCGGAGCGCCAUCUUCUAUCACGACGAGGCGCAGCGCGAGUGCGCGGAGCGCGUGCAGGCGCAGCUCUUCCCCUCGAAGCGUUACGUCCGCGACACGGCCAUCGAGCCGGCGGCCGAGUUCUUCCCGGCGGAGGCGUACCACCAGAAGUACCGCGAGAAGCUCGCCGAGGACCCGCUGCCCUUCCCGUUCUCGCUCUUUAGCCGA